AUGUCCACGACCGAGUCCCAGGACAUCGAACAGGCCACUUCCAUGAUUGCCCCAGGCCAGCCCGACGACAAGACGCGGCGGUACGAUCGCCAGCUCCGCAUCUGGGCUGCAUCAGGCCAGGCCGCCCUCGAGGGCUCCCGCAUCCUCGUCGUCUCCUCCUCCGCCACUUCCACCUCCAUUCUCAAGAACCUCGUUCUCCCCGGCAUCGGUCACUUCACCAUCCUAGACCCGUCCGUCACCACUCCAGCCGACGCCGGCAACAACUUCUUCCUCAACGCCCGGGAAUCCAUCGGAAAGCCCCGCGCCCAGGAAGCCGUCCCCCUCCUCCGAGAGCUCAACGACAGCGUCCAGGGCGAGGCCGUCCUCAAGGACGUAUCCGAGCUUCUCGACACCGACGAUGGCAAGCAGUGGCUCACUGGUUUCUCUUUGGUCAUCACCCACAACCUCGCCUCCGAGCCUCUUCAUCGACUCGCCGACCUCCUCUGGUACACCCCAAAUGGCCCCCCUCUCAUCACCGUCCGCUCCGCCGGCUUCUUGGCUGAGUUUCACUUGCAGUAUCACGAGCACUGUGUCUCCCAGACACAUUCGGAGAACGCCCCUUCGCUACGCAUCACCCGUCCAUUCCCUGCUCUUCUGCAGCUCGCCCAAUCUCUCGACUUCCAAAACUUGGAUCCGACGACGCACGGUCAUGUGCCGUUUGUUAUCAUUCUUGUCCGCGUAGUUGACGAGUGGCGCAAGACUCAUGACGGAAACUUGCCAAAGACGGCCGCAGAAAAGAAAGAGUUCAAGGCGAAAAUCAUGGCUAUGCGUAUGAAGCCUGAUGAAGAGAACUUUGAGGAAGCCGAGGCUCAGGCAUGGCGCGUGUGGUCGGAGCCCGCUAUCCCUUCAGAAGUCCAAUCGCUUUUCUCGUUGGAGCCGCUAACUACCUCCCCAAGCCACUACACGGUUUUCCAUGCCCUCUUGCAAACCUUGUCGGAGUUCACGAAGGACCCUGCCGGGACAGGGACACUCCCCAUCAGCGCUACGCUUCCAGAUAUGAAGUCCGACACCAAGAGCUACGUCGAGCUGCAGAAUCUCUAUCGCCAACAGGCAGAGUCGGAAAAGGCCAAGUUUAAGGAGGCUUUUGUUUCUAAACAUCCGAAAGCCGCUCAAAUGGUCAACCCCGACGAAGUUGACACUUUCGUCAAGAACGCGCAUCACUUGCGCGUCCUACGCGGAAAGCAAUUAGGUGCCUUCGACAAAGACCGCGAAGCCAUUGCCAACUCGCUCAUGAUGGCUCCCCGCGAGACGGCUACUCAUCUCGCCCUCACUGCGCUAACGACGCUCCAGACAAAGGGAUCAGCGGUCACCGAAGAAGCCCUCACUCAAGAAGUGAAGGCACAGGUGGGUGACGGCGUCGAACUACCGGAAGAACUCGAGGCCGCGGUUGGAGAGCUGGUCCGUGCACCGACUGCGGACCUCCCUAACAUGGCGGCUUUCCUUGGCGGCCUGGUUGCGCAGGAGGCGAUCAAGGUGAUCACCGAGCAAUACGUGCCUCUCAAUGGGUAUUGCGUCGUGGAUUUGAUCGAUUCGUGGACGGGUGUCAUCGGACAUUGA